GGGGAGGGGGAGGAGGACAUGUGGUGGUGUCGUCAUCAUCGCUGCGCCCGCGGGUUUCGCAGCCAUGGUUGCUAUGGUUUUUGUCCGGGCAGCGAGACGAGGGAGUUGGGCCCGUCCUGUCCGGUUCUUAUGUGGCGGCGAUGUGGGCGUCCUGUCAGCGGCUGGGAUGACGACCCGGGCGCGGCCACGAGGGCUGGCCUACGAGCAGCACGGGGACCCCGUUCAGGUGCUGCGCCUAAAAGAGAUAGAUCUAGCAGAACUGGGAGAUUCUGGAGUCCAUGUGAAAAUGAUUGCAGCCCCUAUCAACCCAUCAGACAUCAAUAUGGUUCAAGGAACCUAUGCUAUUCUCCCUGACUUGCCUGCAGUUGGGGGUAAUGAAGGUGUUGGACAAGUGUUGAAAACUGGAAGUCAUGUGACUUCACUGAAACCAGGUGAUUUGGUGAUUCCAGCUGAUGCUGGACUUGGAACAUGGCGCACAGAGGCUGUAUUUGAUGAGGAAACUCUGCUGAAAAUACCGUCGGAUAUCCCACUGACUUGUGCUGCCACCUUAGGUGUCAAUCCGUGCACAGCGUAUCGAAUGUUAUGUGACUUUGAGAUCUUGAAACCAGGAGAUUCUGUAAUCCAAAACGCAGCCAAUAGUGGAGUGGGACAGGCUGUUAUUCAGCUUGCGGCAGCCAAGGGUAUCAAAACAAUAAAUGUGAUCAGAGAUAGACCUAAUCUCCAAGAGCUGGCAGAGAGACUGAAGUCCCUUGGUGCUGACCAUGUCAUCACAGAGGAGGUGCUGCGAAAACCAGAAGUGAAAGACUUGUUUAAGAAAGUUCCUAAGCCCAUCUUGGCUUUGAAUGGCGUUGGAGGGAAAAGUGCUACUGAGUUGCUACGUCAUUUGCAGCAUAAAGGGACCAUGGUUACCUAUGGUGGAAUGUCAAAGCAGCCUGUGACAGUUCCUGUGAGUGCACUGAUCUUUAAGGAUGUGAAACUUCGUGGGUUUUGGAUGUCCCAGUGGAAGAGGGACCACAGCCAAGACAAGGAAAAAUUGGAAAGCAUGAUCACAGAUCUGUGCGGUUUCAUUCGGAAGGGUCAGCUCGCUGCUCCAGUCUGUCAACAGGUCCCGCUGGCAGACUACCAGGUAGCUUUGGAAGCCUCCAUGAAACCAUAUGUAUCGGCUAAGCAGAUCCUCCUCAUGUGAAGCUGUUCUAUUGGGAACAUCAUGCACAGCUAGCUCCAGGGGAGUUCAGUCCGCGCUGGUCUGAGUGCUUUCCGGGACUAUUUUGUAGCCCCAAAUUAUGUGGCUUGACAGAAUCUGCAAAGGGGAAAUGCGUGGAUGAAAUGAAUCUGACUAUAGACUUUGAUUGUAUCAACAAGAUUUCUCUCCCAUAAUAAUGAUAUCCCUUCCCAACAGUGAUUGUGCCUCCCUACAAAAUAAUUAAAUGCUUGUAGGUCCCUCAGCAUAAGGUGAGAAUCUCCUUGGAAGAUCUGCUUUCACUAGUUCUGCACAUUGAUGGGUGUGCAUGCAGAGAGCCUAUCUCCAAAGCUUAUGACCGGGCAGCAUCAUAGGUGUAUGUCUAGUGUUGCCUUUUUUGCUGUUUUGUGGAAUGCUUUUAACUUUUUUUCAUAUUUCAUUGCAGCUAAUUUAUAUAUGGAAAGCUGAAUCUGUAUUAUGAGAGUUGAAAUAAGUAUUUUUCUCUCUUAAGAGAACAGCUCUAGUACACAAUGAGCAUAAUCCUAUGGAUUUUUCUUUUUUCCUGUUGAACCUAAGGCCACUUCAUAUAAUACAAGGGUGCCCUAAUGGCUCUGUUCACAUCUCUGUGCUACAUUAUUCCUUCCCUCCAAAUUUAGGUCAGUUAUAAGCCAUUCCUACAUUCUGAACAUACUAAACAUGACUCUGUCAUUCACAUUUAAUAUUAAGACACGAGCAUGAUUUACAGGCACAUCGAAAGGAAUAGCAUGGGAAGCAGAUCUGUUUAGGAGUUCAGGGAAGACUAGGGUUGUCUAGUAGCACCCUCAGUGGGUUUUUGUACCUUACGAAACAUGUUAAAGCAUGAGCUCUUAGAGGGGGCAUAAGAGGGGCCUUGCACUGAUACCAUGGCUUCCCCCUGGAAUAUCCAUCUCAUAGAUGAGUUUCCACAGGGCUAUAAUGCAGAAUUACAUGGUCUGAAGGAUGGCUUUGAUGGGGGAUAUAUGCAGUUCUCAAGAGCUAGCUUUCUGAUCAGUGUAUAGUUCUUGAAAUGAAAGGGUUUUGAAUUGGUUAUUUAUACCAAGACCGCUGUAACUGAAAUGCAGGCAAAUUGUACUUGAUUGCAAACCUGUUCUUGCAGAACUGUGUAAUGGCCGUUGAAAUGCCAGUGAUUUUCAUUCCCAAUAAAACUCUCUACCUCUCAUCAGUGAUGGGAUUUUGUUUGGGCUUAGUAAAAGAAAAUGGCACCUUUGAAAAAAUUCAGUCAGAUAGUGCUGCUGUAUCUCUGCUAGUCUACUGCAGCGAAAAUAACAAGUACCGUGGUAACUAAAAGACUAACAAGACCAAUAUUUGGUAUAAGCGUUUGUGGACUGCAGAGCCCUUGCCUCUGAAGACCAGGUUGCAGUUUGUGAAAGUGUGUGCUAAAUAAAAUAGCUUUGUCUUUAA